AUAAAUUUUAAACCAGAUUGCUUUGCUCUGCAGCAGUUAAGUGUAGAAUUCCUAGAGAAGACACGUGGAAAAUUUGUACAAGAAACUCCAGUUUGUUUUAGGAGUUGUUAUAUUCAUUAAAAGCAGUUUUCCUGAUGUUGAUUUCCUCUGAUGCGUCUCCAGCUGUGUUAGCUGAACAGCAGCAAGGUCUAGCAAUGAUCGUGAGAAAUGUGCUCUGGGAGAUUAAGCGUGGGCUGCUCGAAUCUUCUGUGCUGAUCGUAGGUGGCUGCACCUUGUACUAUCUGUGGAAGCAUUUCAAGGAGUUGAGCAGACAGAAGAACGAGGAGGAGAAUCCGUAUGAAUCUCAAAAGCUGUUGAGUGAGUAUCUCCUGUUCCACUUCGGCACAUCGCAGGAAGUGUUCCUGCAUGACCUCGGCCCACCAGAAACUCGAAAUUUCCUGCUGCAGGGUGCGGAGGAAUGCGUGAAACAGUUCAAGGUUCAGAGUGGUGCCCCAAGCAGGGCUUUGGAUAUUGGUUGUGGUGUAGGGAGAGCCUCAUUUGAACUGGCUCACACGUUUCAAGAGGUGGUUGGCAUCGACUUCAGCCACUUGUUCAUAACAACCUGCAAUCAACUUAAGGAUAAGGGCAGGGUCUCUUACUCUGCCACGAUGGAGGGGAACCUGAGGACCCAAUACACUGCUGUGGUGUCGGAGGAUAUUGAUCGUAGUAGAUGUACCUUCAUAUGGGGCGAUGCCUGUAACCUACCAAUAAACCUGGGACUGUUUGGCUGUAUACUAGCGAGCAACUUAAUCUGCCGGCUUCCUGAUCCCUUUGCAUUCUUCCACAGACUCCCGGGCCUAUUGGCUCCGGGUGGAAUUCUUGUGAUCAUAUCUCCUUAUAGUUGGAUGGAAAUGUUCACACCAAAGUCAAUGUGGCUUGGUGGAUAUACGGAUGAUUUUGGCAAAGCGGUGCAAGGAUUUGAUACCAUGAAGAGAGUCCUGUGUCCAGACUUUGAGCUGGUGGUUGAGAAGAACAUGCCUUUCUUCAUGCGAGAGACUGCACGCAAGUACCAGUGGACAGUGGCCCACAUGACCGUAUGGAGAAGGAAACGCUCUUAGAUUUCAACACGCAGGUUUUCUUACAACAAUGGAACACUUGGCUUCGUGACUGAGUUAGAGUCUAUGCAAUCCAUUCAGAUUCAUGUUAGCGUCAAGUCAUCGGGGAAGGGGAAGAAUUUAACCAAAUGUCAAAAUAAGUGGAAGCUCAGUUAAGGUAUAAAUAACAAUAUAAAGAAAUCCUUACACAGUCCAACUCUGGAUUAUGCUAGUUAGUUCUUGCCAAAUGGAUGCCCGAUGGAUUAAUUUUACCCCAUCCAGUAUCAAUCUGUCUUCAAUAGAUAUCACCAGUCAGACCAAAUCUUUGCACUCUAAACCAAGAUUUCUUUUUAAAUAAAAAAAAUUGCCUCCCAAGUAACAUUAACCUUUUAAACAGCUCAGUCCUAUGGUUCUAAACCUAUUGUAAGUUCUUUUUAAAACAUGCAGGAAAGCAUUUAAUUUUUUCCACUUACAUUUUUUUUUACACAGCUUUUUACUUUCAAAUUCUUGUCUCACUGAUCGAUUAGUUCAGACAGCAAGCAGCAAAUGAUUUCCGACAAGUCAAUGCAUAAUAGUGUCAUAUCAAUCAAACAAAGGAUUCAGUCUGAAAACUUGUCAUUACUUUAACAAGAAUUUAUUUUGUUUAGUAUGUAUUUUAGAAGUAAUUUGCCAACCUGAAUAAACUGCCUAAUUCAUCUU